GGCUUUAUUUAGUCUGUCGUGUUGUCUGGCCAGUGAGACAGCUCGCAGUCUGUGCGGAGGACAGAGGGAGGGUGGAAGGGUGAGCUGUCAGAAGGAGCAGUGGACAGGUCUGUCCAUUUUCCCUGUCUUCCUGCUGAGCCAUCUGUCCAUCACACUGAUAGAGCUGCCUGCAUUUUGUGGAUUUAUCUCAGUGUGAGUGACACCUGGGAAGGCAAGGGAGCCCUGAGUGGAUAGGCAGGAGUCUGCUUUCCCCCUCCGUCCCUCCUGUGUGUGUGGAUGACCUGUGCACCUCUAGUCUGUUCCUCAGCAACAUGCACAAGAUGAAGAACUUUAAGAGGCGUUUUUCUCUUUCUGUUCCUCGCACUGAGACCAUUGAGGAGAAUGAGUUCACUGAGCAGAUAAACCAGCUCAACAUACAGCACACUCAGGGCCUGACUCCAGACAGGCUGGGCCCUCCAUCUCAUGAUGCCAGUCCUUCAAGCCCUGAGCCAACAACACCGGGAGCUCAGUCUCCGUCCCACCUCCACUUCCACAGCAAGGCCCAGCACAGACGUUUCUCCAUGGAGGACGUCAGUAAGCGCAUGUCUCUGCCCAUGGACAUCCGCCUGCCCCCAGAGUUUCUCAAGAAACUGCAGCUGGAGAGUGAAAACUCACCACUCUGCAAACCUCUCAGUCGCAUGUCUCGACGUGCUUCACUGUCUGAUAUAGGCUUUGGGAAAUUGGAGACAUACGUGAAACUCGGCAAACUGGGUGAGGGGACGUAUGCCACAGUGUUCAAAGGGCGAAGCAAACUAACGGAGAACCUGGUGGCAUUAAAGGAGAUUCGGCUGGAGCACGAGGAGGGAGCACCUUGCACUGCUAUCAGAGAGGUUUCUCUGCUGAAGAACCUGAAACACGCCAACAUCGUCACGCUGCACGACAUCAUCCACACCGACCGCUGCCUCACUCUGGUGUUUGAGUAUCUAGACAGUGACCUUAAACAGUACCUGGACAACUGCGGGAAUCUCAUGAGCAUGCAUAACGUCAAGAUCUUCAUGUUCCAGCUGCUGCGCGGUCUAUCCUACUGUCACAAGAGGAAAAUCCUCCACAGAGACCUAAAACCUCAGAACCUGCUCAUCAAUGACAAGGGCGAGCUCAAACUGGCUGACUUUGGUCUGGCGAGGGCCAAGUCUGUCCCCACUAAGACCUACUCCAAUGAGGUGGUAACCCUAUGGUAUCGGCCCCCUGACGUGCUGCUGGGCUCAACAGAAUACUCCACACCCAUUGAUAUGUGGGGUGUGGGUUGUAUCUUGUAUGAGAUGGCAACAGGUCGUCCCAUGUUUCCUGGCGCCACAGUGAAAGAGGAGCUACACUUAAUUUUUAGGCUUCUGGGCACUGCAACAGAAGAGACUUGGCCUGGUAUCAGCAGUAAUGACGAGUUUCGCUCUUACCUCUUUCCUCAAUAUAGACCUCAAGCUCUCAUCAACCAUGUGCCCAGGUUGGACACAGAGGGGAUCGACCUGCUGUCUGCUCUGCUGCUGUAUGACACCAGGAGCAGAAUCUCCUCCGAAGCCGCUCUACAUCAUCCCUACUUCCUGAGUCUGGGGGAUAACAUACACAAUUUGUCAGACACUGCUUCGGUGUUUUCCCUCAGGGAGGUGCAGCUCCAGAAGGACCCAGGCCAUCGCAGCUCAGUGUUUCAGCCUUUAAGUCGAGGAAAGAACCGCAGACAAAGCAUCUUCUAGAGGUCACAGAGGAGGAUCAGAGAGAGACAGAGAAGAGGAGCUGCCUUUUCAGACCACAGCUCAGCACACUCACAAGCAUGCUCACCUGUGUGCACACACCUGCAUGUACACGCAAACUCAUGUGCACACGCUCAUUUCUAAGGCAGCUGACCAUGGAGACACACAGGGUUCCUGGAUACAAACUUGUACUGCACUUGAAAUGACUGAGAUGAGAUAUAAUCUUCCUCCACACGCAUGCAGUACAUGCUUGCACACAUUUGCACAAUCAGCGACACUGAACAUGCUGCCAUUACUUAGCUGCACACACCAGAGAUUUGUAAGUAUCCCGCUGACAACAUCAGGCAUUUCAAGCCAAGAUCUCAACCAUUAGGCUCCUAAGUAAAGCUGCUCUUCUAUAAUGUACACAUAUACGCAAACUUGUAUAAUUUCCAUUCAGAGCACACCCAGGGCUCUAGCCAUUUAAGGUAGCUACCAUAUGUGGAACCAUUAAAUAUAAUCACAGGAGUACAGACGUAAGGGGUGAGGUGUCAGUGGAGGUCGUAAAGUCUAAUGACGUCAACUUGUUUCCAAAUUUUGCUGAAUGUUUGUGCUACUAAAUUUUAAGCUUGUCUCUACACCAAAAUGUAGCUUAAAGGUACACUCUCUGAUUUUGUUGUGGCACCUCCAAAUUGUAAAAUGUCCUCCCAGCUCAAAAUUUAAGAAAUUCUGAGGUCAUAAAUUCUUCAAAUGCAGCCAUGGCAGCUCUUUAGAAAAAUAUGACCAGAAACCAAAGAAAAGGUUUCUAUUUUUUUUUCUCAAUGAACUGUUAAGUAGUGCUAUAUGUGUCCUCACCUUAAAGUCUAAAUGGUGAUUCAAAGGUUAUGCCAGGACAAAACUCAGUGGGAGAAAUGCUAAAUAUUCUAUUAUUUUGGGCACAUUUAAACACACAAUACCAGCUUAUAAAAUGCCAAAAGUUCCGUCAGGUUGCUGUAACCCUUCAAAUUCACAGAAGGAGCAUGGUAAUGGUGGCUAGGGCCUUGAAUGCUAAAUAACAAAGAGUGUGAGCAUUUAAACAAUUUAUGUCUUUGUUAGCUAUAAAUGAGUUAACAGGCUACUUAAGCAGUAAAAUGUCAGCCCAGUCACCAAAAGAAAAUGUUGGCAUUGUAGGUUUCUGCAAGCCACUGAUAUGUUACAUUUAUACAUUUCAUUUGUAUCAUAUCAAUGUUUCUAAAAUGACGUAGUAUAUGACUUUGUCAUCGGGAGCUGGAGGGUACAGGGAAUGGUGUGACACAGCGAGACACCUGCCAAGCUGCAGACCACUGUUCGAGACCAACAAACAACAGAACCUUUUUUAGCGACUCAUUGCUGUGUUUCCAGUGGCUUUUUAGCCACCAAAUGUGGUUGAUUUUUAGCAACCUGUCGCUGUGUUUCCAUUGGGGAUAGUGCCGCAUAAAGAUAAAGUGAUAUAUACAGGGAUAUAGCUGCGUAUCCAGCCAGGAUUGUGCCAGUGAUACUUUUCCUAACUAUAACAAAGUGGUUUUUGUGUCUAAACCUAACCACACGUUAACCACAGUGUUGUUAAAACAUAGUUUUCAUUGUAUCCACUACAUAAUACAGACAAAUGGAACAUAUUUGUGGUUUGCAGAAACAUACAAUUGCAGCAUGUAUUCUGGCAAUUGGGAUGGACAUUUUGGACAUCAUGAGGCUGCCAGCUGGAGGUUAUGAUGGUUAGUUUCCAGGAACGCUCUUGACAAAGGUCCAGUAGGAUCGAAACGUUAGUGUUACUUAUAAAUUAUGAAGCUGAGCAAGAGCAGUGUGCAGGAUUUUCUGUUCAAAGACUCAAGUGAUAUUUUCCAACGCACCUGCUACUGAGACAGUUGGAUGUGCGAAUAUCUCUCUUCAAACAAAUCACUAGCUACCAGGCUCUGCCAGCUAGCUAAGAAACUGACAUUAUUUAAACAAUUUAAAGGAUUUAUCCGUGAUGAAAUUAGUAGAUCCCUGUCAAAAGAGUCACCAAUAUAGCAGCUAGGUGUGUGCUAUGUCACCCUGCAGUCUUGAAGUUGUACAUACACAAGUAGUCUGAACACUGGAGAAGUAGCAACACACUGUUCAUUUGCAGUAAUUCUGUUCACAUGAAGCAAACAUUGAAGGUACCAUCAAAUCUGACUCCAUCAUACAAAACUCUGUUGUAAAAUGAAUUCAUGUCGACAGGUUUGCCUUGCUACAGUGCCCCUGUGUUUCAACUCAGUGUGGGGUUUUGUUCCAAACAGUGUUAAGAGCUGACUUUCACUCCAGUUUUUGAAGUUGCCUUAGUAAAAUGUGCAUGAUAUUUUCGGCUUGUGAAGAAUCUAUAUUUGAUCUAGUGUAGCCAACGUGUUAGGAGGCAGUUGCUUUGUGUGUGUAAAUAACUCACCAUGAGUGUGUGUAUUCUUAGUCUCCUAUUUGCACAAACCAGAAGUGUCCUCUGAAGCCUGCUCCCUUCCCUUUGUUUCUUACCUUACAUGGCUCCAAAAUAUGACCCUAUAUUGUACCCAAACCCCUUAACCCUAAACUGGGAAAGUAUGUCCUACAAGUACUUUCUGGUAGCAAACUACUUUCAGUAGAACUCACCACUACCCCUUAUAUUUUGCACAGCUCUACUACACCUAUUGCCAGGAAGCAGCUUUCGGCUGUUGGACCAUAAUAGACAGUGUAUUACAGCACAUAGGCUACAGUAUAACUUAGAAAGCAUAGAAAGUAUCUGCAGAAGUGAAAUCUUACAUAUUUAUUGUCCUUCACAGUUCCCUUGUGACUGAGCCCAGAGGUUAUGCUUACUGUAUGCUACAGAAGAUAAAACAAUGUGCAGACACAAUAGUGAUGGGGACUUGUGGCUAAACUGCUCUCUGUCUCUCCGUAAUCUGCCUUUACUCCCUCUCCAUCCCCAGUAUAUCUAUGAAUAUUCUCAGUCAUCCAGGUCAUAUGAUAUCCAGAAGUGGCUUUGAAGGCAUUUAGUCUUCCAUCUAAAAUGCUUCCUCAGUUCAGACUUGUGGGAAGUAAGUCGGGGGUAAGGUUGAAACAAACUGCUUCAGUUGUUAUGUUGUCUAACCACAUCUGAGGGCAAAAGCUAUUCUGAACAACCACACUCAAAAGUAGCGUGCAGUCAUAGGGAGAGAAAAGAUGCGAUAAUAGUUCCAAUGGGGAUAUCAGAGGAAAGACUGUCCUCUGAUAUAUGUUUGAAUACAAAGAAGAAUUACAAAGUAUGUAUAAAGUAUAAAGAGUAUAAAGAGUAAGAGAUAGAGCAUUGGAGGCACGGCUCACUUCAUUCCGAUGAAGGUUGCUCAGUGGCGUAUGAAGCCAAAAAGGUUCAACUGCUGCAUAUAAAAUUAUCCAGACGAUCAGCACUAAUUCCACUGUGUGCAGUCUAAAGAGCAGCCAUGCCUGCAAAGUCAGCUACUUCCAGGUUAGGGAUCAGCUAACUUGAAUAAAGAUAAGGUGAUUUAUCAUGGGUUUCCUCUAGACCUUCCAAAUGUUAUUGUACCAAUCAAACAAGUCAUUUUGUGGGUGUGUGAUGCUCAAGAAAAUGUAUAUAGUCAUCUCCUUUGCCGUUUAAAUCAACGUAAAAAAGUCUUAUGGGCCACAUAGCAGCGUCAGACGACAGUUGUAAUUACACUUUUUGGCCACUAGGAUAAUUUACUUCAGAGCUUGGCCAACUUCCUGGGGACCUGAAUUAAAGCCCAGUUCAAACAACAUUCCCAGAGUAUCUAGUGUCAGUACUGUGACAUAUUUCAGGAUAGGCAGGUGGAAUAUAAUGUUGGAAGGAAUUGCCUUGAUGGUUGAAAAGUAGGCGUGUCAUAACAGUGACGCUGCAACGGUGUACUGCCGAUUUUAUAGCAGUAUCCAUCGGGGGGAGAUAAACGAAGUCCAUCGUUUGCUCGGUGUAAUGUUCUUUGCUGAAGCAGUCCACUCUAAAAUGUUUUGCACAUAAUCUAAAGCUGUCACAGAUACCACCUCGCUCAGAGUGAAUAAAUGCUAGAGCAGCGGCCCCAUGACCAUUUUUGGAGAAACUUUAUUUGUGAAACAAUGACACAUUGAUGUACCACGUUUUUGCUAGCUAACGUAAUCUUGCAGAUUGUUGAUGGGUGGAUGUCAUGAUAUAAUUGGUUGGUACUAGAUAAUAUAAGCACAUUUUUACAGAAAGAAAACAUGGUUGGAUUUUGAUAAGAUUAGGAAGACUGUAACCCCAGCAGAGGUUCAAUGUGUGGCACUCCCAACAAGUUUGUCAGAACUGAGGAAGUCUUUCAGAUAAGAGCUAAAAUAUCUUCAAGAAAUAUAUCGCGUGUCUACAGUUGCCUUUGGUUUUGCACCCUAGACGAUAGAAUCCAAUCCACAGAAUUGAGCAGAUGAAUGAUACAUUGAUAUUGUUAAGGAAGACAGAGGUAGAGAAGCUAAUCAGUAACCAGAGAGUUGUUGAUUUGACCCUCAAAAGCAGAGUGCGUCCAAAUUGCUCGUAAGCCAGGCAGUGAACCCCCAAAGCCCUCCAUUGCAGUCGAGAGUUUGUGUUUGAGUGAAGUGACGAAUGUCAGUGAAAGUUAAAUGGCCCCUGAAAGAUUUUUCUACCUCUCAAAGUGAAUGACGCUGAUGGAAGAAUUGUGUUGUGACCAUUUAACCCUUUUCACCUGUUACUGAGUACAAGCAAAGGUAAAGGCAGUGAGGAGAGAAAUAUAGGGUGAACCUGCUGGGACUUCAGAGGGAUGUAUAGCUGUGGAUGUUAUUCUUCCAUCCUCCCCCUUCUUUCCCUCAGUGGCAGAAGUAUUACUGUGCAUUUAGUUGUGGUAAAUGAAGCUAUUUUAAAUACUGUAAUGACAAAAUAAAUAAUAUAUAUGUAUUUUAACAGAUGUUUUCAUCUUUCUCAGUGAGUUUUAUGCCGUUAAAAAAAUAGAAUACUGUAUUUAAAAUAAAAUAAAGAAAAAAAACCCCACAGAUGUCUAAAUGUUUUAUAAAAGAUAAGUUUAGAUUUUGUAUGAGAUGUGAUAUUUUGUGUGAUUUGUCUACACUGUUAUGAAAUGAGAAAUUGAAUGUACUGUGACUGCCAACAGGCAUAAAAUUGAUUGAAUAACUGAUUAAUUAAUGAAUAAAUAAACUAUUGAAAU